AUUCAAUUCGCUUUCAUCAGUGAGAGUAUCAGUUGGUCUCUAUCCAAAGAAAAUUUUAGACUUCAAUCUAAGCUACAUUACCAUGGCAAAGCAGCUUAUUUUCGCGAUCCUCGGCUUAUUUUUAUGGGUCGAUGCCGCUCCCAGCUCUGUUGAUGACAUACAAAAGGAACAUUUCAUUGAAACGGCCGUACGAUAUGAUGGCUAUCAGCUAUGGAAUGUUCAAAUUUCCAAGGACAUGAACGUGAUCCCAAGCCUAAAAGAGGAAUUCGAUGUCACAGUCUGGAAUAGCGAUCAUACUACAGCUGAUGUGCUAGUGAAACAAUCGACUAUCAAUCAAGUUCGUAAAGUACUUCAAGAUAAUAACAUUCAAUAUUCAGUCCAAAUCGAGGAUUUACAAAAGCUAAUCGAACUAGAGGCCCAGCCGCUCAAUGACAAUGUUGUAAUAAACCAAGAUCAUCCUCUUACGUGGACGGCAUACCAUUCAACUGAGGACAUCUUCAAAUUUCUAGACUAUUUGGUUGAGAAAUAUCCGAAUUUGUGUUCACUUCAAACCAUUGGCUAUUCGGUUGAAAACCGGCCAUUGAAAGUGUUGAAAAUUUCAAAUGGAAAUAGUGGAAAUAAGGCAAUUUGGAUUGACGGCGGAAUUCAUGCACGCGAAUGGGUCAGUCCAGCAUCCGUAACUUAUAUCGGGAAUGAUUUAGUUGAAAACUGGGAAAGUCAACCGGAUCAUAUAAAAAAUGUCAACUGGUAUGUGUUGCCAGUGCACAAUCCAGACGGAUAUGAAUAUUCGCGCAAAUCUGACCGUCUAUGGCGCAAGAAUCGCAGUGGUGGAAAUACCGGUCGAUGUGCUGGUGUCGAUUUGAAUAGAAACUUUGGUUACAAAUGGGGUGGAUUAGGUACAUCGAUUGAUCCAUGCAGUGAAAUUUUCCGCGGAGCUAAAGCUUUCUCCGAACUAGAAUCGGCUGCAGUCGAAAGUUUCUUCAAAAAUACCAACGAAAAAUUCGAUGCAUACUUGACCUUCCACAGUUAUGGUCAAUGGAUUCUGUAUCCAUGGGGCUAUGACAAGGAAUUACCAGAUGACCACGAAGAUCUGGCCCGUGUAGGCAACGAAGCCGCAAAGAAUAUCAAAGCAUUGGACAAUCAAAAGUACACCGUUGGAUCGUCAGCAAUAUUGUUGUAUCCGGCCGCGGGAGGCUCUGAUGAUUGGGCCAAAAGCCUUGGUGUGAAAUAUAGUUACACCGCUGAAUUGCGUGAUAAGGGUCAUUAUGGAUUUGUAUUGCCUCCAGAAUUCAUUGAACCAACGGCCAAAGAGGCUCGUGCAUUUGUCCAUACUGUAUCACAGGCCAUAGCUAAUGAAAUGAAAUGAAUCUAGUCAGUUAGUGGCAUUCCGUGGCAAAAUAGAAGACAUCACAGUUUUAAUGAUUUGGUUUUUAUCAUUUUUAUUGACUACGUCUACAUGACACGAAUGCAUUUCAUUUACUACUUGUUUGCAGAUUUAUCACAAUUACAUAAUAAUUAGAAUAGAACAAAAUAUAUAAAAA